AUGGUCAUUCUGUUACCAAUUCUGUUCUUAGCAUCGGCCGGAUGGGCCGCGGCAGCCAUAACCUCUGGCCGCGACCACAGCAGCCUCAAUGCCGGAUGGAAGUUCUCGCGCUUCACAUCCAACCCGGACUCGUUAUCGUACAGCACGCUCAGUCCAUGGAUGCUGCCACUGGCCAACGACUUCAUCGUCAACGGUGCCAAGCACCCUGCACCCUCGGGAACACCUCCCGGCAGCAAUGUUCAGUACGUCCAGGCGUCCUUCAACGACGCGAGCUGGCAGAGCGUCGACCUGCCCCAUGACUGGGCUAUUGCAGGCCCCUUCAACGCUCCGGGUAUCAGCGGUGGUAUGGGCCGGCUACCCACGAACGGGGUGGGUUGGUACCGGCGGAACCUCGUUGCAACGGCGGACGAUGUGGACGGCACCAAGUCCAUCUUCUUGGACGUCGACGGAGCCAUGUCGUAUGCAGCGGUAUGGCUGAACGGGAACCUACUGGGUGGUUGGCCGUAUGGGUAUGCUUCAUGGCGUUUGGACCUGACGCCGUACCUGCAGGCCGGAAACAAUAUCCUCGCUGUGCGCCUGGAUAACGCGGUGGAUAACUCGCGCUGGUAUCCAGGAGCUGGCAUCUACAGGAACUUGUGGCUUGUCAAGGUGGAUAAGACGCACGUGGCUCAAUGGGGCACGUAUGUCACGACUCCUUCCGUGUCUUCGAGCUCGGCGACGGUAAACCUGGUAGUGCAGGUCGAGAACAAGGGCAAUGUGACUCGUCAAGUCAAUGUGAGCACGAAUGUCUAUACCAUCGACCAGAGCACUGGAACAGCCGGGACAGCCGUGGUGGCCUCGUUCCAGACGACUACUGUCAGCAUCAACGCCGGCACGAAGCAGUCUGUCAACGGAUCCGUCACCAUCUCCAACCCUCGCCUCUGGGGUCCACCGCCGGCCCAGACACCGAACCUUUACGUGGCUGUCACGACCUUGUCCGCUGGCGGUACUGUUAUUGACACCUAUGAGACCAACUUCGGUAUUCGCUCCCUCACAUACGACCAGAACAUUGGCCUCCUGGUCAAUGGACAACAUGUAUACGUACAGGGCACUUGCAACCACCACGACCAGGGCUCCAUCGGCACUGCCAUCAACAACAGGGCCCUUCAACGUCAACUGCAGACCCUGCAGGAGAUGGGUUCAAACGCUCUACGGACAUCGCACAACCCGCCUGCGCCGGAGUUACUCGACAUGGCCGACAGUAUGGGCUUCAUGGUCCUCGACGAGGCUUUCGACUGCUGGUCGCAGGGCAAGACGACCAACGACUACCACCUUCUCUACUCUGACUGGCAUGAGCCAGAUUUGCGCGCAUUCGUGCGGCGCGACCGCAACCACCCCUCAGUCGUAGCCUGGAGUAUUGGAAACGAGAUCCCGGAGCAGUCGACCAGCCAGGGCGGCUCGGAGGGCCAGGAGCUGCACGAUAUUGUCAAGUCUGAGGAUCCCACGCGCCAGUCCACCUCUGCCAUGAACUCAGCCGGGGCCACGGCACCACUGGCGAACGUGAUCGACAUUGAGGGCCUAAACUACCAGGGGGAGUAUGGCGCCUACGGUAGCUUCCACAGCGCGUUCCCCAAUAAGAUGAUAUGGGGCACAGAGACGGCGUCGUGUAUCAGCAGCCGUGGAACCUACAUCUUCCCCGUAACCAGCAGCAACGGCCAGACGUACUCUAGCAGCGGCGGUUCCGACAGCAGCCACAUGUGGGUCAGCGCCUACGAACUUGAAAACCCGGGCUGGGGCGGCAGCCCAGACCAAGUCUUUGCGGCGCAGGAUAGCUUCCCUUUCGUGGCCGGCGAGUUCACGUGGACGGGCUUCGACUACAUCGGCGAGCCGACGCCCUAUGGCGGCAACCCAGGGGCGCGUAGCUCCUACUUCGGGAUCGUCGACCUGGCCGGCUUUAAGAAGGAUCGCUUCUACAUCUAUCAGGCUCGCUGGCGGCCUGACUUUGCCAUGGUACAUAUCCUUCCUCACUGGACCUGGCCUGAGCGCGUUGGGCAAACAACGCCCGUGCACGUCUUCAGUUCUGCUGACCAGGUUGAGCUCUUCGUCAACGGUGUCUCUGCCGGCCGCCAGAACCGGCCAGGCAAGUCUGUCUACCGCUUCCGCUGGGACAACGUUACAUACAGCCCCGGUGACCUGCGGGCUGUGGCCUACAAGAACGGAAACCAGUGGGCCGUGGAUACGCGCAAGACUGCUGGCAAUGCGGCAGCUCUCAAUGUAACGGUCGACCGGGCGAGCAUCACCAGCGACGGGGUAGACCUGGCGUAUGUGAGCGUGGCGGUCGUGGACAGCUCCGGGACGGUGGUGCCACGCGCGAACAACAGCGUCACCUUUAGCGUCAGUGGACCCGGAACGUUAGUGUCAACAGACAACGGUGMCCCCACCGACACCACGCCCUUCCCGAGCGCGAGCCGCAACGCAUUUUCGGGGCUGGUGCUGGCGAUUGUGAAGGCGAAUGUGGGGGCUACAGGGCAGAUUACCGUCUCAGCUACAGCGAAUGGAAUCACUGGUGGGCAGGUCUUCAUAACCGCCAGUGGGAGCACCACUAUAAGCACGACUACUUCAUCUGGCACCACGACAAGCACGACUACUUCGUCUAGCACCACGACGAGCACGACGACUACUACUACACCCGUCACUGGCAAUUGCUCGGCCAAAUGGGGCCAGUGUGCUGGCCAGGGUUGGAGUGGACCUACUUGCUGCGUGUCUGGAUCUACCUGCACUUAUUCAAACCCCUAUUACUCGCAGUGCUUGUAA